AUGCCCAAAUUUCUUUCAAGCUUACGAGCUUUAGAUACUAAACCGAGUUACUGUUUCAUUUUGCGUUCAGUCGCGAAAUGAUCGCAAACUUAACAGGUUCAGAUUCUUAAUAAAAACAUCUCGACAAUAUGGUUUUAUUUACUAGUGCCUUUGUUGUGAUUUUGCUCGCCUUUCCUUCUCUCGUUUUAAGUGAGCCUGGUAUAAGAUGUUACUCACCUGUUGGGGACGAAGGCAUUUGUAUAUCUGCCAACCAAUGUCCAGCAGUGAUUGAUAUUUUAAAGAAAUAUAAUGGUAAGCUUCCACAUAGAAUACAGCAUCAGAUUAGAGAAUUGACUUGUAAUGGCGAGAAAGGAGCAAGAUAUCCAAUUUGUUGUCCUAAUAUUUCGAUGUCUAAUCUUCGGAGUGAAGUACUCGAGCAGCCAAAGAAUCUAAGCUACAUAGAUCCCAAAGGAAUGGAAAUUCUUGAAGCUAUCACCGACUGUGGAAGACGAACUGAAAAACGCCAAAGGCGCGUAAUGGUGGGCAAUGGAGAAAUAACUCGAAAAGAGGAAUUUCCCUGGAUGGCGCUUUUGAAGUACCAGACAUCAGGGCGGCCUUUUCUUUGUGGUGGCAGCUUGAUCACCGAUCGGUUUGUCUUAACUGCGGCCCACUGUAUCACAGCUUCUGCCAACAUAAUUGCUGUUCGCAUGGGAGAGCACAAUCUUGGCAUUAAAAAUGAUUGUUUAACUGAAACAGAUUGCCUCCAAUCUUAUGAGGAAUUUGGCGUCGAGGAUAUUCGGCGACAUCCCAAAUAUGAAAGGCAUACCAAUAGCUAUGAUAUAGCGCUGAUCAAGCUGAAUCGAUCGGUCACAUUUAGACCUAACAUCAGGCCGAUCUGUCUGCCCAUUGAGAGCAAAUCUCAAAAUAUUGACGAUGAUCAGAGCUUCUACAUCGCUGGUUGGGGUAAAACCGAGAAAAGAAUGCCUUCUCCUAUUCUUCUCAAGGCGUUCGUUACUCGACAACAUCUGGAUGUAUGUCGAAAAUACUAUAAGAGUGCCACGUUCACUGAAAAUCAUAUUUGCGCCAUGGGCUACAACAAGCAGGAGACGUGUCAAGGUGACUCAGGUGGUCCACUUUUCACCGAAAAUGUUUUCAAUAUAACAACUCGAUUUGUGCAAUAUGGCGUUAUAUCAUUUGGAGGUCAAUCCUGUGGUAUCAACAAAAACCAACCUGGCGUGUUUGCCUCAGUUCUCAACAUGUUGCCUUGGAUAACACAGAAUCUGUAUUAAGUAGUAAAUUAGAAAUGUUAUUUAAUCUUCCAAUUCUUUUUAAAAUGAACAUUAAAACUAAUUAUUUCAACAAAAUUUUA